UUUACAAUUACCACACAUGGUUUAACAAGAAAGGUCUGGAAAGAGAGCUCAGUCAGUCAGUCACCGCCGGGCUGCUGAAGCUGUCGAAUUGUUACCUUAGGUUAUAUAUAUUAUAUACAGGUUAUACAUGCGAUGAGUGGUGUCAUGAAUUUCAAAAACUGCGGCUCUGUGCUGAUAACGGGAGCCAGCCGUGGGCUCGGGCUGCAGAUAGUCGACAGCCUGGCCAAUGGAGGUUUUUCACCCGGCAAGAUUAUAGCCACGACCAGACACCCAGCGAGCGCACAGAAACUUCACGAACUGGCAGCGAAUCAUCCCAACAUCCACAUUAUCCCUAUGGAUGUAUUGAACCAGGAGAGUAUAGAGAAGUCUGUGGAAGAGGUUGGCCAACUCGUACAAGAAGAGGGUCUGAACUGCCUGAUCAACAAUGCUGGGAUCAACCUGGUGGCCGACUUUCAUACCGUCACUGCAGAGCAGAUGAUAGAAAACUUUCACACCAAUGCUGUGGCUCCUCUAAUGAUCACCAAGGCCUUCCUGCCUCUAUUGAAGAGAGCUGCAUCAAGAGGAGGAGCAGGCAGUGAAGCGAGCAUGGGCAUCCAGAGGGCAGCAGUCAUUAACGUGACCUCUCUGCUUGGCUCUGUGGAGCUUAACUGGGGAGAACGGGCCAAAAACUUCAAAUGGUACCCUUACAGGACGUCCAAGAGUGCCCUAAACAUGGUGAGUCGCUGCAUGGCAGUGGACCUGGAGCCUGAUGGGAUCCUCUGUAUGGCCAUACAUCCUGGCUGGGUCCGCACUGAUAUGGGGGGGUCUGAGGCUCCACUGAGUCCAGAGGAGAGCAUCUCAUCUAUCCUGUCUGUGAUUGGUGGACUGACUGAAAAAGACCAUGGGUCAUUUCUGAACUUUACAGGAGAGGUGUUGCCGUGGUAACCCCGAUGAGGGUAAAUAAGAGCACUACUAACUGAUGGUAUGAUCAGCUUUGCAAAGAUCAAUGUAUUACUGACCGAGUGCAUAGUGUUUACUUUGAAUCGUCCUCCACAUUUAAAUAGUGUGUGCAUCUUCCACAUAGAACUUUAGUCGAGAAGGCCAAGAUCAUUUUGUUUCUUUUUGUGGGGAUUACCUUAAAUUGUGCACCAUACCUGUGGAUGAGCCGGGUAUUCAGUGUACUAGAGUUUGACUUUAUGCUACAUAUUGUUUACAGAGUAUACUUGGAGAGCAGUGCGGCCCUCAAUACCCCCAACAAGUUACAAUAACUAAUCUGAGCUGCGUCCAUAUGAACAUAUAUUGCUACAUUCCUUUGAUCUGAUCCUGAGUCAGACUCACUGUUCAGACAGACAAAGGAGACUUAGUUGAGAAUGUCUUAACAGAAGCCCUAUUCAGACUUCCGCGAUAUUAACUCCCCUGGGUCGUUUCGCAUUCAAUAUGAAUGUCACAGAGGCAUAAUGGGGGGGCAAAAUGAUCCCCCGUCUGUACCAUCUUCAGGUGGUAGUAACGGAGGCAUUUCAGAGGUGAGAAUGAGAUCAGCGCAGCGCUGUGUGUGCGUGGAUGUCUGACUUUGUGUAUAUGUGGAGCUCCCGCUGUGCUGUGGUGUGCUACCGCAACGCCGGAAAAAUUGUGCAUUUGCUGAUUGGUUACGGCACUUUUGCAAAAUAGCGGUCUGAAAACGGCUACAGUUACAUUUUAGACGUCAUUCAAUAAUUAUACAUCCAAGAAGACAUUUGGCAGUUGGAAAGCUGAAUUAUGGUGGCCACUUGUGCUGUGUUUUUCUACCCUGUGAAUGUAGUCCCACUAUGCUAGCAUGAGCAUGUCAUAAGUUCAGUUUAGUUCAGUCAUUUAUUAUACGACAAUCGUAGUCACCAAUUUGGAUUUUGUUGUUUAGAUAGACCAAAGAUGACAUUUGUUGAAAAAAAAAGGUGAUUUUGUUGAAAAUGUUUUAAUCUUCAGAGUAUUUUAAAAUGCCCAUAAAGCUGCACACAACUGCAGCUCAGUUUGUUUUAUACUCGUUUCUGUUUGCUUAAUGCUCCCUUAAUGCUAAAUCAGAUGACCUUUGAAGUGUUGUGCAGUACUGCUCUCUUACUGUAUGAUAGUCAGAUGUUCCUGAGUUGUUAAAAAGUUUCUUGAGUCUCUGAACUGCUGGAAAAUUAAGAUUGUCGUAUCAUUUUAUUGAUAAGAGUUGUUUUUGUGUGUGUUCUUUUGUGAAGGGACAUGUUGUAUGUUUUGAGAAGGUCCCUCAGAUAGAAUCAAAUAUGUGCUCUAGGUUGAGACAAAGAAAGGUAAACCAGCAAAGUUCCUGGUAGAAAAAAACUCAAAUGUUGUAAAGUUGCUGUUUAGCCUCUGAUAUAUUAUCAGAUUGGGUAACACUUUAAAAUAGGUGCAGACAAUUGAUCAUUCACUAGUUUCUUAAUAGAAUGCUAAUUAUUAGCUUAGUGGCUGCUUAUUAGUCAUUAUUAAGCACUUAUUAGCACCUUACUCUACAUGACUGUAGUCUAUAACUAAUAGAACAGUUAAUGGUGAAUAUUAUGAUCUUAAUUUAAAGUGUUAGCUCUGGUUGCUCUCUCUAUGCUAGUCAGUCAUUAGAUCAUGUGGUUUAGAUUUCUAUGCACACAUGAGGAAGUAAAGUGAAUGAUCUGCAGAUGUACUACUAAAGAGUUGUAUCAUCUGUAUGCCGUGUUUAUAUUGCAGUAGUAUUUGUUCUUGAGGUCCGGCGUCCGUUAAAAUAUGUUAAGAUGUGUAGCUUAUUUUUUGAGAUAGCUAAUGUUUGAAGAAUUGAAUGCUGUGUAAUAAAAGUUGGAAGUAUUAAGUAAAAUAC